UGACCAAUUGUUUAAUUCUAUGUUAUUGUAAUAAACAGAUGGGGAUCAAACCUUAAACGUUUUUAGUAUUUGAUGCUGUAAGCGGCAAGAUAAGCUGGUCAUUUGGGACGGGUCAUGUGAUACCAACAUUAACUGGUGAAAACAGUGUAUAUUGAACAGUGUUUAAAAUGGAGUUUAUAACAGCAGAGAAAAUUCAAUCGGUUUUAACAUAUGGCCGUUUAAUUCCUGUAAUGGAAGAUGCAUUAAAAAUGUUCUCAAGUAAGAAAGUGGUGCAGCCUAUCAGAAAUAUUAUUCCUGUGGAAAGUGAGGGAGGUUUUUUCGGAUCAAUGCCAUCUUUGUGUGAAGAGAAGGAGAUACUGGGGACAAAGCUGGUUACGUUUUACCCGAACAACUUCACCAGGCAUGGCAGGGCCACUCACAAUGCUAUCAUUGUUCUCUUCCAUAAAAACACUGGAAUCCCCAAAGCUAUAAUGGAUGGUGAGGUGGUAACUGCCAUGAGAACCGCUGCUGCUUCAGCCGUUGCCACCAAGUACCUUGCGGGGUCAGGCAGUGCUAGCUUAGCCAUCCUGGGUGCCGGGGUUCAGGCGAGAACUCACUUCCAUGCCCUCUCACAGGUCCUCAACAUCACACAGGUUAAAGUUUGGUCACGGACAUUUGAAAAUGCAGAAAAGGUUGCUAUGGAAACAGGAGGUGUGGCUUGCAAGACGGCAGAGGAAGCUGUAAAGGAUGCAGAUGUGAUCAUCACAGUAACAGGGGCCACAACUCCAGUACUUCAGGCAGCCUGGGUGAAACCUGGGGCUCAUAUCAAUGCUGUGGGUGCAUGUCGAUAUGAUUGGUGUGAGCUGGACCCUGAGCUGACCAGGUCUGCGGUAUUGUAUGUUGAUAGCAGGGAGGCCGCGCUGAAGGAGAGUGGCGAUGUCAUCUUGUCCAAGGCUGAUGUUUAUGCUGAAAUAGGGGAGGUUAUUCUUGGACAAAUGGAAGCAAAGAAAAAUGAGCUCACCAUAUUUAAGUCCCUUGGUAUCUCGAUUGAAGACACAAUGGCUGGAGAGUUGGUUCUACAGAUGAUGGCUGAACAGUCAACUUGAACAAGUGGCUUGGUUUUACUUCACAAGACUAUAUCCCAAACCAAUAUUCAAGUGAGAGUGGACUUCCGUUAACCUCACAAGACUAUGUUCAUGGUUGACUCAAUUGAAAAAAUUGUUUCAGAACAUUUAUAACUUAGAUCUAAUCUCUGGUCAUGCAGGUGUUUGGAAUGACAAAUGCUUGUGUGUAACCAGGCCAGUUAAAUGUUAACAACAUGGCUUGGAGAAACGAUGUAUCCGAAAAGAGAAACAAUGAAUAUGAAUAAGUUUGAAAUAAAUAUAUUCUGAUCUUGUUGACAACUUGCUGAUGUUACAAGUCUGUCUGUCAUUGUGGAUUCUCCUCAGACUGCAGCUAUAAAACUACAGCCUGACAUUAUUAGAAUAUAUAUAUCUAGGCUGAUAAAUGGCUUGUUAAAUUCAGUCCUGCUAAAUCUGAAUCAAUGGUCUAUGUUAUAAAAGAAACAAUUGAUUCCUGUGUACCUGUUCAACAGUGUUCAAUCCCUUGUGUGGAAUCACACUUACACAUAGGCAUCUCAUUCUUUGAUGAUGGCAACUGGCAUCAAUUAUAAUAAUUAACCAUAUUGACAAUGCUUUGUCUAGAAUGAUCUUCAUAAAGUCCUUACUAUCAACUUGAGGUCCUAAUUUAUAUACCUCUUUCGUGGGACCAAUCUUGGAGUCUGCUGAUGUUUUCUGGAAUAAUAGUACACAGUUUGAAAAAGAUGAACAAGAUAACAUCCAAAAUGUAGUCGCACGAAUCAUCACUGGUUCUUGUCUGGUCUCUCUGCAUUUGCAUACUUCUUCUCUUCUGCAAAAUGAAAAAUGAUCACUUGUCAUUUGGUUCCUCAGACAAUAGGGCAAACAUCAACAACAUAACUAAGAAAUUCAUCCACCAUUUCCGGUUUUUGAAACUAUUACUCCUCCAACAUUUCAGGUUUUUGAACUGUACAUCAAUGUACCCAACUUUCUACAAUCUCAGCAUGGAGUUCUCUUUCAAGUGAAGUAAAGGCUGUGGACUUGUUGCUAAUUUUAAAUCGUCCCUUAAUUCAGAUUUUCUCAAAACAAAUAAACUGUUCUCUGAUGGGAAUCUUCUGCACAGUCACCUGCAGACCGAUUGUUGUUCCCUGAACCACCAUCUUCAUGUAAUGUUGUUCCGUCCUCCCAAUGAAGUUGUGGAAAAUCAGGAGACAAGUAAUCAUAGGCGCCCAAUGUAAAAGCUUUAACCAUUUUAAUAAUACUUUCUUUUCUAUCUGGUGAAGACAUCCUGACAGAAGUGCGAAACAAGUAUUGUUUGAAAGUAUUAAUUGCUGUAUUCACAUGACAAAAAGAUUUGAUAGUCAUUGAUCAUUUACACUCAUAAUCUCUUCCUUGCCUCUCUUUCUUCUCAGAACAUCUAACGUUAUGAACUUCUACUAAAAUCAGAUUCAAUGCUUCUACAACAUAAUUAGAUUUUCAAAAUAUUUAAUUUCAUAUUGCUGUCUCCCAACCAGUACUCUUUGUUUGUUAUAUGCUUGUAUAGUGAGCCUGUACUAUAAAUUUUUCUGCUGAAUAUUACCUUCCUUAAAGAAGAACUUAGUUUAUUUCUACCGUUCCAAUCAUGCAUGUAAAAUAUGUUCUUAUAUGGACGUGUUGUGUACUCUAGCUCAAGAAAAUAUUUAACCUACACACUGAAAUGAUUAUAAUAUAUGUUUUGUUUUAUUUGUAUCUGAAUAAAAGAGCACAAGUGUU